AUGUCAUUAGUGCUGAUUAAUGUAACUCAACUCACGGAGAGGUACCCUCUUCUUCCUCAUUGCCACAACUCACCACUGACUCAAGCUGAGGGAAUCGUAUCUUGUAAGGGCCCUAAAAAUAGCCCCGUGUCUUCAUGCUCCCAACAUAGCUCGGCUCUCCUGAUAAAGACAGCUGCUAGACCUACGGUCAGACUCACAGACACACACAGGACACACAGAGAGAAGCAGGGCCCCGGGGGGACACUACAGACCUGCUGCCUGGAAGACUUUUUGGAUUAUCUGUGUCAUUUGGGACCUGCCCAAUCCUUUGAAGAGUUGCUGUCACUCACAUACCAAACGAGCAGCAUCAGGGGGGAAUUUCAUCAAGCGCUGAAUAUCUUCAUCCCCUCGGUGAGGCAGAGAUCGGAACUAUUUCCCUCCAAGGCAGCUGCUGGGGAAACCACAGCCAGAAAUCCCAAACUGAAAGUUGGGGAAAAACUUGACAUCUACACUUCUCCCCAAAAAAAGAUGGCAGAAAACAUGAUGAAGUUCUCACCUAAAGAUGCUGAAAUGAAAGCAGAAGUGUUGUUGCCUCCUCCACCACCUCCUGACUCAAUCCAACCCUCAGAGGAACCUGCAAGUCAAGAACAGAGUUUUAUGCCAGUGCCUCCGCCCAAAGAAUCAUUUUCAAAAUUCUAUGAACAGCGGCAAGUGAAUGAAUUAAAAAGGCUUUACCGUCACAUGCACCCAGAGCUAAGGAAAAACUUAGAGCACAGUGUUACCUGUGAUAUGACAAAGUUAUUAAAGACAGAUGAACCACACCAGCAGGCCGCUAUAAAUCUGGAUACGGUUUUGCCCGGUGAGGUUCAAUCUAUGCGCUGGAUCUUUGAGAAUUGGAGCUUAGAUGCUAUAGGAGAGCAUCAGGGUAAUAAGAAACUUGUAGAUGAAGAGGCUGUUCUUGGUGGCAACGUGAAAGAUACAUCAAUGGUUUUUAAGUGUCAACUAUGUGAGAGUGGGAACCCUUCAUCGUCACUAGGGAAGGAUCACUCAAAAGGUGACAUAAAGACAGCUAAAUGGUUAUUUGAAACACAGCCACUUGACUCCAUGAAUAAAAUAUAUCCCGAGGACACGGAAGUCCAAGAAGCAAUCCUGAAAGAGCCAGUUGAAGGAGCAGAUGUUAAAGGCACAAAACGGUUGUUUGAAACAUGUUCCUUAGGUGAAGUGGGCCGCUGCAAUUCAGUAGAAGAAAACAGCCUCCUUCAGCUCAAGUCUGAAAUUCAGGAACUCAAAGGGGACGUCAAGAAAACAGUAAAGUUGUUUCAGACAGAGCCGUUGUGUGCCAUCAGAGAUGACAAUGGAAAUAUCCAUGAAAUAAAAUCUAUAUGCAGAGAAGAAACGGAGGGUGACAACGUCAAUAGAACAAGGUGGUUAUUUGAAACCCAGCCCUUGGACAGUAUUCACAAGAACAGCCCGAAAGUUCAAAUUAUUCGAGGGAUUUCCUUGGAAGAAUUAGAAAAGGGAGGCGUUAAUGCCAAAAAGUGGAUAUUUGAGACUCAACCCCUGGAUACAAUUAAAGAAAACAAUGACGAAGGAAUGUUUCAGGCCUCUUUAGAUUCUCAUGAUGUUGCUGAUUCCAGUGCCAAUGAGAAAACGGCCUGCAGUGGCCACAUUUCUUCUUCAGAUGAAGUCCUUCCAGGUGAUGUAAAGUCCACAUUGUGGCUAUUUGAAAGCCAACCCAUGGAAAGACUUAAAGGCAAUUUUGAAGUAGGACCAUUGAAGAAGGUUGAGCUGCUGCAUGAAGAAAAAGGAGAUGUGAAACAAAGGAAACUGCUUUAUGAAACAUGUUCGCUGGAUAGAAUUUCAGAAAACAAUGAGAAAGUUAUUAAGGACGAAACCCAAAUUUCAAAGGGGGAUGUGACAACGUUCAAGAACCUAUUUGAAACUCUUCCAUUAGAAAGUAUUAAGAAAACGGGUAAUGCCAUAGUGUCUGAUCAAGAAGACAUACAAGUGGGUAAUGUGAAAGCAAACCAAACUUUAUUUGAGACUGUGCCACUUUACGCCAUUGAAGAUAGCUUGGGAAAUUUUCACGAAGUCACGUCCAUCAGCCGAGAGCAAGUGGCGAGUGCCGAUGUGAGAAACUAUAAAUGGAUGUUUGAAACAAAAUCAUUAGACCAGUUUAAUGAGAAUCCCCAGAAAGUUGAUAUCAUUCGAGGAAUUACCAAAGAAGAAAUUGUAUCUGGUGAUGUGGGCACCGCAAAGUGGUUGUUUGAGACUCAACCAGUUGACGUUGUUCAUCAACAGUCAGAUGACACUGAAAAACACUCAUCAGUCCAGAAGCAGGAAUUACAAAAAGGGGAUGUUAAAAAAUGCAAGUGGUUAUUUGAAACUCAACCCAUUGAUACGUUGUAUGAUAAGUCAGAGCAAACGAAAGAUAUGGAAACACAAAUCCAAGGUGAUGUGAAGUCCUGCACAUGGAUGUUUGAAACUCAACCAAUAGAUUUAUUCAAAGAUUCAGAUGAACAGUAUAUCAAUGUCAGAACAACCUUACAAGAUGCUUGUAAAGGGGUUGAUGUGAAGAACACCAAACAUCUUUUUGAAACUGAACCAUUAGAAAAGAUUUCCUCCAAAGGUGAAUGCAAAAAAGUCAUCAGAUACUCCAGUACUGUUCAAAUGCCAUCAGGUGACGUUCCUAGGGUGAAGGGAAGUUUUGAGGCUACUCCUGAUGAAGGAAUUUGGGAGAAAAGGGCAGAUAUUUCUGUAGAAGAAAACAUCCAAAAAGGUUCUGUGAACAAAUUUACAUGGCUUUUUGAAAACCAUCCACUAGAUUCAAUGUCAGCAAGUACAAAUGGUUUUCAAGAAGUGCCCCCUGAGAAGGAUAUCCAAGGAGGAGAUGUAGUGGGGAAAAAGUUUGUUUUUGAGACAUACUCUUUGGACCAAAUCAAACAAGAAGCUGAUGAAACUGAGAUCAAGAAAGUCCAAGAAUCUGUUAACCGAGGGGAUGAUAAAUCCUGUACUAUGUUAUUUGAAACAAAACCUCUGUAUGCUAUUCAAGACAAGGGAGGAGAAUAUCAUGAAGUCACAUCAGUAAAAAAGGAAGAGGUUCUAAAAGGAGAUGUAAGAGGAGCUAAAUGGUUGUUUGAAACAAAACCUAUUGAUAAGAUCAAUAAAGAUGAAGAGGUUUUUGUAAUCAGAGCUGUGACUCAAGAAGAUAUCAACAAGGGCUCUGUCAAGGCUGCCAGGUGGAGGUUUGAAACAGAACUGCUCGAUUCGAUGGCUGAGGAAAAUAAAUAUGUUGGAAGAGAACUUGAAGAUGUACAAAAAGGAGAUGUUCAGUUCAAUAAGCAGCUAUUCGAAUCUCAGCAGCUGAACCAGAAGAAGUAUGUUAGGCUUGUGAGCGUUAGUGAUGUCCAAAAGGGGAACGUAAGGACAUCAACUUGGCUGUUUGAAAACCAACCUAUUGAUUCUUUAAAAGGAGAUUCUGAAGAGCAUCCAGGCAUUGUAACAGUACAGCGUGAAGAUAACCAACGGGGCGAUGUAAAAAGGUGCACCUGGCUAUUUGAAUCUCAGCCUUUAGACAGCCUCAAAGAUACAAACAUCCCUACUGCUCAAGGCCAGGAAGAGAUUCCUCAAGCCAAUGUUAAAAGCACAACAUGGCUGUUUGAAAGCACACCCCUUGAUAAAUUUGAACGAGCAAUUAGUUUGGAACAGAAAGAAGUCAAUGUAAAAGAUACUCUAGAAAAAUGCCUGUCUUACAAAAUAAUUGAACAUAAAGGGAUUGCUAUAGAGUCUGUGGGUGAGGGAAGUGUGAAAAUGGUCAAGUAUCAACCAACACAUACAGGUACAUUAAUCCAAAAGGAAGAGACACUUGGAGGCAACUUGCAAAGAAUACUGUUGCAGCUUCUUCACCGAACAGAUCUGGAACCACAUGGCGUGCUUGUUGAAGAGAAUAGUAUGGGAGAACUUUAUAAAACCAAUUUGCAACUAAAACAUCCAGGAGAACCAGGGGACGAUGAAGAAAGACAUGUGCAGGACAAUGUAGCUAAGACCCUUCAGAUCUUGUUGAAUGAAGAUAUCAUGGUUAAGACUGGUAUCAUAAUGGAAGAAACUGAAAUGGGCUAUGUCAGAAUUCUUAUCUACUCUGUUUCAAAAUACAGUCAGUGUAAUACAAGUGCCGAAAGUAUUGUCAAAGGGGGUGUAAAAUCAAUGAUUGGAAAUCUACUUAGUCAUGAUCAAGAAAGCAAGCGCAAAGUUUCAGUGACACGUGAGCAAAAUGAAAGGGGCAAUGUCCAACUGUACACUAGCUGUAUAGAGAAGGGAGAUCUUGGGUACCUACGAAGCCUUCAGAAUGAAACAGAAAUAGAAGCAAUUAUGCUUUCUCAAAAUGAGGAUGCCAAAUCUUCAUUUCAACCUACAAACAAUUUUGGUGAGCAACAUGAGUCUAUACAGUUAGCAGAAAGUCCAAAACCUAUUAUUAAAGGGAAAGAAAGUAUGUGCACAGCAUCUAAUCCUGCCAUUCACUGUACAGAUCCUGGAGCUAAAGAGGUGAAAUGUUGUGUGGCUGCUGACAGUAAGCCAUUGAAGCCUACUGAAAUGGCUAGAAAUGAAUGCAGCCUUCAAACAAAUAUUGCGAUGAAGGAGCAAAAGGCAGUAAAACAUAUUUUAACUUGUUCUGAAGAAGAUAAAUGUGCCAUGCAGACAACAUCUAGCAUACUUCCAACUAUGUGUACAAACAGCAGUGACCUUCAGGCUGCUCUCUUGGACCUAAGAGAAGCUACAGCUGAAGCCAAAACUAUCCAAAAGCAAGUGGAAUGCAAGUUUCAGAAAAGCACCAAUGAAGUUCAGUCUUCCAGUGAACAAACCAAUGGGAAGGUGGUGCAACCUGUUCAGUCUAUGCUGAGAUGUCAGAAGGAUGCAACCACAAUGCACUCAUCCAGCACUUCAGUUCAUGAAGCACGGAGAUCAGAAACAAGCUUUCAAGCAACAACAGCAUCAACCAAAAAUGUCAACGUUCAGGAGAAGGAAGAGCAAGUUCUACCAUUAUUGGAAAAGGAUCAGGAAAGGAAAGUGAUCACUAGUACAGAAAGUAGCAUUAAUGAUGGUGUUGACUCUCCCAAGAAAGUGAAAAACUAUUUAAACCCUUUUCUCAAUUCUGAUGAUAAGACGGAACCAGCCCAAGAAGACCAAGAGCAGGAUAUUGUCAGGGGAGGUGAUGUAAAGGCAGCUAUCAAAGCAUUGCAGAGUUCUUCAUCAGAACAGAGAGACAUAGAAAAGGAGGAGGUUGUGAGAGGUAAUCUAACAACUGCCCUACAGUCUUUGGAAAGGUCUAAUGUUAAUGUUUCAAAAGGUGACUUUAAAACUGCUAUGAUAUACAGAAAUGCAGGGUUAUCCCAUACAGUGUCUAAAGUCAACACAGAGGAUCAGCAGAUUAGAUGUCAGGCUUCUGUGGAACCAGUAUCACCAUCUGAAAAUUACUUUCCUCCUCCUCCUCCAGCUGCUGUAAUUGAACAUGAAAAUUGUCAGCUGAGCACAACAGAAGACAAAAGAUAUGACACUAUGGAGGUGAGAAAGCCUGCUCCUAUAUUCAUGGAUUAUGCCGCCAACAAGGCAAGUGAUACAAUUCUGGAUGAGAAUGCAAAUACUGUAACAACAUCUCAACCGUCAACCCAGAGGAAAAAGCCAGUCCCACCACCAAAACCGAAGCAUCUACUCCCAGGUGCCUGCCCUCCUCCACAUCUUAGGGCUAAGUGUCAGAUGAAGCCAACUUCAUCCCAAAAUACUAUAAACACAAAUGACUGUUCCUCUAAAAUCACAGUAAGGCAACAACAAUGCACAAGUGAGAGCUUCUGUGCUUCUGAAAACAGGAAAGGACAAGAGAGUGAAGUUUUUGCCUAUAAAGCUAAUGAGCAAUACAAACAAGAAAUGUGUUUGAACAACUGUGAAGGAUCAGAGGUAUCAAUAGGUAAAAAUGAUCACUCUCAACCCAGUGACUUCCAUCCACUAGAGAAUUCAAUAAAUGAUUCAGUGAGUCAAAGGGUCAAAAAUGAAAACACCUUCUUCCAAAACAGUGAGACAAAAGUUACCCAGAGUAAAAAAGGAGUUACUCUAAUAGAACCUACACCAAGUCUACAUCAAAGUGAAAACCAAGAAGUUGUUAUGAGAGUAAAACGCAAAAAGGAAACAGAGGAUGAAAAACGUAAAAGGUUAUCAAUCCACAUGGAUGAGAUACUUCGGGGCAAUGUCAGGGCAUCAAUGGACAUUUUGGAAAACAUGAGGAAACAGGAUGAACUACAGAGGGUAUUGAACAAAGUCAAGGAACUGGAAGAGGAAACCUGUACCGUUGGUGCACGUUCUGUGAAGGGCUUGUUUGAAAGUGUCCCAGACUGGGUAGUAGACAGUGAAGAUGACCCAAAUUCUACACUGAAGGGUAAAGAAGACGAGAAAGAUGAAAUUUCGGAAUUCUUGAGAGCUGAUACUGAAAGUGUUUCCUCUGUGGAGCUUGCGUUUGAGGAUCUGGAAAAGGCAAGUACUGAAAUCAAAUAUCUGAAAGAGCAGACCUUGGCAAGGCUUUUAGACAUCGAAGAAACCAUCAAGAAGGCACUUUAUUCUGUUUCUAAUUUAAAAUCUGAAUCUGAUAUAGCAGGUCUCUCUGGACUGUUCCGUGAAUCACUGGGAAGUUCUCCAAGCCCGGCCCCUAGUAAUAAUAUCCGGAAAAUCAGCAUUGUUUCAAGUAAAGCAAAGUCAGAGAGGCCAGUUCAUCUUGCAGUACAGAAACCCACAGCGUCUGUCAUUAGUCAAGAAGUUUCGGAAACAAAAAAGAUUGAACUUGAUAUAAGCAAUGUUCCCAAUCGUGCCAUCUCUCCCGCUUCCCCUUCAUUCAUCACCAUUGAGUCUGCUGCCAGGAAGCCACAACAAAAUAAUGGAGAUACGCCUGAAGAUUUGCUGAGCAAAAAGUCUUAUGGUCUUCAAGACCCUACCAACCAGAUUAGCCCACUGAAUCCCCAUCGACAAAAGAGUAUCCUAGAGUUAAAAACAGGACUAGAAAGCCCCAAACUCAUUGGUACCACCACAGUGACAGAAAAGUAUGAAGAAUACGAUCAGUUUGGCAACAAGUUAAUACGAUCAAAAACAUCAACAACCGUCACGAAGCAAUCGGACACUCCGAGUUCAUCGACGUACCAAGUCGUGUCCGCUCCACCUCGCUAUGAAGUCACUGCUUCUCCCCGGCUCAAAAGACACGCGGAAAACUCCCACAUCAGAGGCAAUGAAACAGGGGUCGUAUUUGUGACAUUCGGCAAUUCAAAAAACAGCAAUGAAAUAAUUUAACUAUAAGCCAAUAUUUUAUAUCAGAACUGUCUACCUUCAAUGUGCCCCGGUCCCUAAUGAACGAUUCCUUUUGGAAAGGUCUGCCAUUAACAACGGCGAAAUCAUGUUCAACUGAUAUAAGGAUCAGGCUUUAUGCCCCCUGUGUAAUUCCAUUUGUACUAUACUUGACCUUAAACAUAGAUAGCAAAUCCAGGACUUCACAGCUGUUACUGAAAUAUAAAUCCCAGAAUGCUAUACCUACUACUAUAAAAGGCGUGCCUUUGUACAACGAGUAUAUAUCAAGGGUAACCUAGCCAAGCUCUUUUAUAUUCUAUCACUCUGCUCGUGUGCUUGUGCCAAGAACGUUUUUGACAGGUUGAAGGAAGUCAUGACACUUUAAAACCACAAUCUCCUACUUAUAGAACCUUUGAUGUCUUUUUUAAAGGGAAAAAACAAUGUGUUUCCAACUAUCCCAUAAAGAUGUUAUAAAGCAGUUGUAGGUUUCUUAUCUUUGUAUCACAAGUUUCAGCUGCUUAUAAAUGGCAGGCAGUGUUCACGUGGGCUAGCAAACCAUUUGGCUGCCAUCUUUGUUGCCAUUGAUAUAAACAAGCAUCCAAACUGUCAUGGACACAAAUUUCUUUACUUAUAGUUUUUUUUUUUUUUAUAAAUAGUCUAAUCUUGUGCUUCCUCAACUGGAUAUUUUGUUCCUACUGCAAACAGUUGACCCGUGCUAGUCGUCUGUAGGGUUUAGCAAUCCGAUGACUCAUGCUGGAAUCAGCCAAUUAAAAAGGAUGAAAUAUGUCAGUGACUCACAGCAUGUGAGCGUGGCUUGCAGUUAGAGAAAAGAAACAAGUUUGGCUGAAGAACUCACAUGUUCGGGCAGUGCCAGAUGAGAACAUUCAGGGAGAUUUAGUCACCUGGCGACAAACCGCCUCUUCUUCAGGCGACUAUUAUCCCGAAAAGCCUUCCUGCCAGCUAGAAUUUAAACCGCCUUCCGGCGACUUCAGAAAACGACCAUCCCGCCGUCGGUUUAGAUUCUAGCUGGCGAGAAGGCAGUUUGGGGAGACAUAUCGCCUCUUCUUCAGGCAACUAAUCUCCCCGAAUCUUCGCAUGUGUCUCUGCCCUAAAGAACGGACUUAUUAUACAGUUUAUUGUAUAUUUUAUAAGAGUGAUGGUUACCCUCUGAGAAGGCGCAGUGCUAUUAGCACCUAACUUGUUCAUUUAAAGCCAAGCAAAAUAUGAUCUUUUUCCUUAUUGUAGGGAUUAUAGAGUAUUUGGACCUUCAUAGUCUUUCUACAUUUCUAAACAGCGGAAGCAAAUGGCUUAUUCUUACAUGUACCGUUUUGUCACUCUCGUGCAUUAUGACAAAGAUUUCUAUCAUUUCUAUCUCAUUCUUAGACGUUAGGAAAGUGCUAAUAUUCCGAAUCAGAAUUUAUUUAUGAACCUUGUAGAGAUCUCUGCAUUUGAUACCGUACAUUUAUAGAUCGUUUUUUUUUCUUAUCUUUGUAUAGAAAUCUCUUUUGUGAAAAAAGUACAAUUUUUUUUAUCUACUUUGCAUAAAUGUAUUUAGUUAUCUCUUACUUUUUACUGUAGUGUAUUAAACAUAUACAUUUCCAUUAAAGAUCGGUCUCACUCUUUGUUCUAAUGAUCAAAAUCCCAGUAUACCAAAAUGAGGCCAUAAGCAAUAGUACCUUAUAUACUCGAGUAUAAGCCAUCCCGAGUAUAAGCCGAGGUACCUAAUUUUACCUCCAAAAACUGG